GCUGUCGCACAGCCCUCUGGGAAAUGGAGUCCUGCUGCUUGGCGUGAAGGCUCUUGGGUAGAGUAGCUCAUACUGUGUCGCUCGGGUCCGGAAGUUGCUAUGAGGAGGCGCGCGUGAGAGGAGUUGGGCUUCAGUUUUGGCGAAGCUUGGGGAAGUGCGUUUUAAUCCGGCGGUCUGCAUUUCCGAGGGGGACUCAUGUUGGGACUCGUCCUCCUGCUUCUGGACGUUUGGGGGGCUCAACCAGCAUGGACAGGGAGUCAGGCAUAGAAGGAAGGGAGACGUGCUCACAGCUCCAUUCCUGCAGCUCCGCCAUCCAGGAACGUGGAAUAGAAGGAGGAGGAGCCUAAGGGAGAUCUCUGAGCACACGCAGCCAUGGCCGAGGAAUUUGAGACCCUCAAUGAUGUGGCCAUGGAUUUCACUUUGGAGGAUUGGGAGCAGCUGAGGCUGGGCCAGGAGGACCUGUUCUGGGACACAGCACUGGACAACUACCAGAACCUCUUCUUGCUGGACCCCCCCAGACCCAGCCAGAGCUCCUGUCCAGGUGGCGGGGAAGAGCUGGAGGCCAUGGUUGAAGGAAACUUAGAAGCGACAGGCCCUGAUGCCGGGGGGUCUCAGGUGGAGACCCAGAACUACGGUCUGCCACAGGAUCUCUUGGAGGAAGGACUCUCCCAGGAAAUCUUGGAGGCCCUCUCGGAGGAGAGCUUCUGGAACUCCAGCUUUGACACCUGCAUAGGCAAGAAUUGGUUAGAUACCUUGCUGGGAGAUCCAGAGAAUCUUCUGCAGCCUGAUGUUGCCAGCACGAAGGAAAGCCCCACAGAGUGCAGGAGUCCUGCAACCAGCCGCCUCUGCCCUGCGUCCCUCCUUCCCACAGGAACAGCCACUGUCUCCGUGGUACAGGAUAUUCCUGGAAAGAGCCUCACACUGGUGCAGUCACAGGGAUGUGCCAGUGGCUUGGGCCACUCCGCAGACCAGAGUGAGCAGGACUGUGUCCAGGGGGAGGAGAGGUUGUAUAAGUGCAGCGAGUGUGGGGAACACUUCAGUCGGAGUUCCCGCCUCAUCCAGCACUGGGCUGUCCAUGCCAGGGAGGAGCCACACACGUGCCCAGGACAGAGGGGCUUCAGCAAAUGCGUUUUCCUCCUCAUGCGGCCUAUGAUACACUCAGGCUUCACACCCUACGUGUGUGCAAAGUGUGGGAAAGUUUUCUGUGGGAGGAAGAACUUCCGGCGGCAUCAGAAAAUUCACACUGGGAGAAAACAGCAAGGCAGUGACCACCUGUCAGUUCCUCGCCCCCCACCUCGGCGUCAGAAACCUCUGAGAAUUGUUAAAUCCUACAAAUGCAACAUGUGUGGCCUGGCUUUCACCCGGGCCUUCCAUCUCACUGGGCACCAGAAGACCCACAUCCAGAAACGCUAUGCCUGCACCAUGUGCCAGGCCACCUUCAAGUUUAGGAAACAUUUCCUCCAACACCAGAAAACCCAUGUUGUAAAAACUUGUCGGGAGUGUGGGAAGACCUUCAGGUGGAGCUCAGCCCUGCUGAAACACCAGGCAAUUCACACGGGAGAGAAACCUUACAAGUGCACAGUCUGCGGGAAGGCCUUCAUGCACGCCUCCACGCUGAGGAUCCACCAGAAGGCACAUGGUGCAGGCACGCCGCACAAGUGUGGGCAGUGUGGGAAAAGCUUCCUCUGUGGCUCUCACCUCCGUGAGCAUCAGCGAGUGCAUGCGGGCUCCCAGCCCUACCAAUGUCAGCAGUGCGUGAGGAGCUUCCACCGCCCCUCACGCCUGCUCAAGCAUCAGUUCAGCCACAUUGCAGAAAAGCUCUUCGGCUGUACCGAGUGCAAGGAGACCUUCGGCCAGAAAGAGUACCUAGUGCAGCACCAGAAAACACACACCAUUGAAGCCCCGUAUGAGUGUCAGGAAUGUGGGGAGCGCUUUGUCUGCAAGUCCACCCUGAGUUGCCACCUGAGCGUUCACACCAGAGAAAAGCAGUGGCUCACCCUGAGCAUGAGAGGUUUGCAGGAGAAACCUCCAUGGCUGGUUGAGAAACAGUUCAAUUGCAGUGAAUGUGGGAAAACCUUUACCCGCAGCAAGUACUUAGCGCAGCACCAGAGGGUUCACACCAGGGUGAAGGCCUUCCAGUGCCAUCAGUGUGGGAAAGCCUUCAGCCAGAGUACACAGCUCAUCCGUCAUCAGAGAGUCCACUAUGAACGCGGCCAGCCUGGGCAAGCCCGGCCCAGCACUUCCAUCCUGGAGCACCAGCCCCGCCCAAGCCAGUGCCCCUUUAAAUGUGACCAGUGCACUGAGACCUUCAGCCAAAACGUGCACCUCUGCAAGCACCAGCUGACCCACUCUGGAGAGGGUGCUUUUAAAUGCCCUGAGUGUGACAGGGUCUUCACGCACAGGAAGUACCUCCUUCAGCACCAAAGAUCACAUGCUGCAAAGAAACUCUUCGAGUGUCAUGAGUGUGGCAAGACGUUCCUGCAGAGCUCCUCACUCUCCAAGCACCAGAGGGUGCACACUGGGGAGAAGCCCUUCAGGUGCCCGGACUGCGGGAAGGCCUUCAGCCAGAGCUCGUGCCUGGCCAUGCACCGGAGGGUGCACACUGGGGAGAAGCCCUUCGUGUGUCAGGACUGUGGGAAGGCUUUCAGCCAGAGCUCGUGCCUUGUCAUGCACCAGAGGGUGCACACUGGGGAGAAGCCCUUCGUGUGCAGCAUCUGUGGCAAAGCCUUCACCCAGAGAGCCAACCUCACGCAGCACGAGAGGAUCCACACUGGUGAGAAGCCAUACAUGUGCGAUGUGUGUGGCAAAGUCUUCAGCAUCAGCGCACACCUCAGCCAGCACCAGAGGAUCCACGCUGAGCGCCCAUUUUACUCCUGUCAGCUGUGUCAGAAAGUCUUUCAGUGCUGCUCCAGCCUCAUCAGACACCAGCGGCUGUCACAUGCCAAAGGGCCCAGCAGCAGUACUGCCCACAGCCACUGGGUGACAGCAGAGCCCCACACAGCUGAACCAGUUCCCAAGACAGAAGUUGAAACCAACACACUCAAGCUUCCUCCCUUCCCAGUAAAUAAAUCUUCUUAAUAAAGAUUGAGCAGAAAGUCCUCACACAUGAGUUUCAUUAAGACAAGGAGAACAGAAAAAUUUACACCCAGAAGUAGGCCCUGGAGCCAGUCGGCCACCUAGCCACCCUAAGUGACUUACAGUCUCUCAGGGCUCUGUCCUCGUGUAAAUGGGCAUACCAGUCACCUACCUCAGGGCACUUGUGAGUCAGUGUGAAGCACUUAGAACUGAUGCCCAGCCCAAAGCAUUCACUGAGUAUGAGCUGUUGAAUGUACGUCAGAAUAUAAGAAAGGAUACGUGGCACUGGGAGUUGAACUCAGGGCUUUGCACCGGCUAGGCAGGCACUCUGCUUCUUAGCCACACCCCCAGC